AUGAGCCUCACCUCCUGCUCACCUGCAGCGAUCCAAACACCCUCCCUAUUCGGAACCGUGAUCCUGACCCUAUCAGCCUCAUGGGUGACCAACUACAUCCUCAACGUUCCAGCCGAGUUCAACUACAACCAUGGCGACAUCGAUGUGCGAAAUACCCAGUUCUGCAACAUCACCAUCACCUACACGCACCCUGCAUACAACGACCAAAUCACGGUCGAGACCUGGCUUCCGCCCCGAACUCAAUGGAACGGCCGACUACAAGCCACUGGAGGCGGCGGCUGGCAGGCCGGUCGGUUCGUGCUGUCCGAGUUCUUCAUGACCGGGGCAAUCGGCGAGGGAUAUGCGGUCACUACCACCGAUGCUGGUUUGGGGGAUGGAGAAGGACCCAGCUCGUGGGCGCUGCAAAGCCCCGGCAACAUCGACUACGUUGCAUUCAAUAAACUGGGCUCCCGAUCUUUGAAUGACCAAGCCAUCAUCGGCAAGAGUCUGGUCCGUAGCUUCUACGGCCGGGCACCUGAUUACUCCUACUGGAGUGGUUGUUCUCAGGGCGGUCGACAAGGUCUGAUUCUCGCACAGCGCUAUCCCACCGCAUAUGAUGGCAUCGCUGCCUCCGCCCCGGCCCAAUCCUGGACCAAGUUCGUGUCCGCGUUGUAUUAUCGCUUGUUGAUGCGCCAGUGGCAUGGAGUCAGUCCGCUGGCGUGCGAGUUGAACUUUCUCACUGCCGAGGCUAUUGCCGCCUGUGAUGCGAAGGAUGGCAUUGCAGACGGACUCAUCUCCAAUGUCUCGGCGUGUGACUACAGCCCGUACACUUCCGUCAACAAGACUUUUGUCUGUAAUGCCCCAAAUAAAACCAUGACGCUGUCUGGGGCCGAUAUCAGUCAGUUCGGCUUGGUACCGGGCGUCAAUUCCUCGCAGUCGGAUAUCUGGUUCAACCUGUUCGUGGCCAAGAACGCCAGUUUUGACACGUUUCAAAUGAGUCCCGAGGUGUAUCAGGAGUUCUUCCACCUCGCUACCCAAGAAUAUGCCGACACAAUCAACGCGGCGGAUCCGGAUUUGACGGCAUUCCGCAAUGCAGGCGGAAAGCUUCUCACUUAUCAUGGCAUGGCGGAUCCCAGUAUCCCCACCAAGGGCACAGGGUUUUACUACCAGUCGGUUCAGGAUCGAUUCCCGGAUGCUCAGGACUUUUAUCGCUAUUUCGAAUCGCCCGGGCUCGGGCAUGGCUCGGGUGGACUAGGCGGCCAGCCGACCACAAUUUUUGAUGCGCUCAGGCAAUGGGUGGAGAAUGGCACGGCUCCGGAUACCCUACCGGUGGAAUAUGCGGGGCGUGAGGGUGGUCAUGGAGUAAUGCAUCGCAUUCUGUGCCCUUAUCGUGCCCAGGCCAAGUAUAUGGGCGGUGAUAUCUCGUCGGCUGAGAGCUUCCGCUGCGUUUAAAGUGGUC